GAAGCCCAGCCCUCCCGCCCCACCCUUGCCAGGCCGCCCCGGACCGGGCGAGCUGCGCUUUGGGCCCGAAACCCUGAGAGACGUGUCCCAGCCCGCCUGCCCUCGCCCUCCCCGCUCUGCGGCCCGAGGCCGCGGCCUUUCCGGCUCGGGCCACUAGAGGGCGCCGCCGCCGCGCCCGCCCGGAUCCCGAACAAUAGGUGAAGCCGCAGGCAGCGAUUGUUACAAAGUAACUCUUGCUGGGGCGCGGAGGGCGGGCGAGCCUGGCCCGCCGCCGCCGCCCGCCUGGGUGUCCGUCCGGGAUCGGGGGGCGCCCGCAGGGUCCGCGCCCCCGGAGCUCGGGGGCCGAGGGUCGUGGGGCCGCGGCGCGGGCAUGGCCGGGCCCGCGCUCGGGGCGCGCUGAGCCGCAGGAGCCCGGGAGCGGCGCGGAGCCGGCCAUGCGGAGGAGCCUGGGCGCCGCGGAAACGCCCCUGGCGGCGGCCGGGCCGGCCUCGGAGGCGCCGCCCGCGCUGGGGGACUGGGACUACCUGGCCCGCUGCUUCGCCCGCGACCGAGUGUGCCUGUCCUUCGGCCUGUGGCUGCUGGCCGCCCUGCUCUGGAUCGCCGCGCACGUCCUGUGCUUUUAUUUGGGGUGCUGCAAGAAGUCCAGCCGGGACCGGUCCGUGCUGUGCGUGAUUUACCGCUUCGUGGGCAGUCUGAGUGACGCCUUUGGGGCUCUGCUCUCCAAGCAACUCCCCAUCCAGGUCUUCACCGGCAUCUACCUGGCAGCCAUCGAGGUGGUCAAUCUCAUGCUGCUGCUCUUCCCCAUCUGCGGCUCCAAAAUCAGGCCCCAGCUGGGUCGAGGCUCCCAGGAGAGGACAAGGAGGAAACUCCGGGCCAGCAUGUUUGUCCUCAUUGUGCCCCUGGGGAUGGGCACUGGCUGGCUGGCCCUGGCUCCUCCAGCCCCAGCUUCCCUGGAAUUCCGCGGAGCACAGAGAAGGCUUCUGGGAAGUGUGCUGCAGGAAAACACAGAAGCCCUCGGCUACCUGCUUGGGGGGGUUGGACUGAUUGUCUCCUGGACUUCCCGGAUCCCUUCAUUCUCCAAAAUAUACCGCGGGAGGGCGUCUCCGUGUCUGCACCUGUGGGCCCGCGGCUUCUCGGCCCUGGCCGGCUUCCUGUACGCCUCGGCCAUCGUGGCCCACGACCGGCGGCCCGACUCCCUGCUCCGCGCCCUGCCCUGGCUGCUCACGGCCCUGGGCGCCUCAGCGCUGGACCUCGCCGUAUCCUUGCUCUGGCCCGGCCCGGGGGGGGGGGGAGGGGGCGAGGCCCGCGGGAUCCUGGGAAUGGACAAAAGCUCCCCCCGAACAAAAGGGCUGGGGCCCGAAUCUCGGGGGCCGGACACCCCCGGUCACCGAGGAGACAUCGCCCCCUCCCCCAGCCCAGGAUCCCGAGAGCCACCGGAGUGCCGGCGGCCGCCUGGGCUGCCUCCCGGGGACACGCCGGACUCCGGGGCCUGGACCCGAUCACCCAGGGGAAGCAGCGGCACAGCAGGGAGGGAGGCCCGAAAGUGGCCCCUCCCGUACCCCAGACCGGCCCUUUACCUCCACUGCCAGCUCUCCCCUGCCCCCCAUCCCUCCUUCCUCUCUGGGGUGGGCGGCAGCCCCAUGACCCUGGGGGGUGGGUGGCAGCCCCAUGACCCUGGAGGCCGCCUUGGGGCCAGCUGUGGGUGGCUGCCAGGGCCAGAGCUGGCACCGAGUGGCCUCGCCCGGCCUCCCACGAGUCGGCAUCGUGCCCCCAGCCCGGCCGGCUCAGCUUUCAGGGGCCUCGUGCUCGCUCUCCGGCAGAGCCGGCUUGGCGGGGGCUUCUUCCUGCCGCCCUCAGCUGCCUUGUCACAUGAGCUGCUGGGGAUGGGGGGAGGGAGAGAGGAUUCAGGGCUGGGGGCCCCGGAGCUCGGCUUCCUCCUGGGUAACGGCACCUGGGCUCCCCCCCCCACUCCCCUCCAUUACCAGCCCCACGUGAAUGUUCUCUGGGGGACCCCAGGGAUAAGCGGCCCGUCUGCCUUCCCUGGCCCCCCCACUUUCCCCGGCCCCGCUUCCCAGGCAGGCUGCAGCAGCGCGAGGUCGCUGGGGAACGGCCAUGCCCCCGCCGGGGACCCCUUCCUGCAGGCCCCCCCGUCCCUGCUGGAGCCGCCCACCUACCCCCCCAUCCAGGUCAUCCACGCCAAGGUGUCUUCCAGCAGCUCCUCCGAGGUGUCUUCCAUCAAUUCGGAGCUGGAGCAGAAGUACUGGGAGGCCCUGAACUCGGAGCAGUGGGACCGGGAAGAUGCAAACCUUCCAUGGAGCAGAGGCGGCUGGGAGACGGCCAGGCCUCUGGCCCAGGAGGGGCCGCGCCACCAAGCCCAGAGAGCCGCCGACGCCCAGUGAGGCCCCCGGGAGGCGCCCUGAGGGAGCCGGGCUCCGGGAGCUGGCGCCCGCCGGCCAGGGACGGCCUCCACAGACCUCCCCGGGGAACCGUCUGCCACCAGGGCAUUAGAGGGCGGGAAGACUCCCCACAGAGAACGCUCUGCCCGUGGGCACCACAACGAGGGGCAAAAGAUGCCCAGGGGGGCACGGAUCCGAGCCAAGAGAGGCUGACUCAGACUGUCCUCUGCGAAGCUGGCCGAGGUCCGGGGGCAGCCGGCCCUUCUCGGGGUCGGUCAGAGCUGCUGGCCUGGAUCACUUAGCCUGUGAUCGGAGCCCGAGGGGUCCAGACUGGCCGUGGCAAGGGGAGGACCUCCCAUCCUGGCGGACACGCAAGGCCCUGGGCCUCUGUGCCCCUCCCGUUCCCAGCGAGUCGUCAGGGCCACCAGUGACUCUCUCCAGGGCCUCGCCCUCCCCUCUGCACCAGCCAUUCCUCCCUUCAUUCAUUCACCAGCAUGUGUUAGGUCCCACCGGAACCGGCCCCGGGCUCGGCUGCAGGGCUGCAGGGCUGGGGAAACUGAGGCCGAGAGAACAUCUGCCCUCAGGAGAGGCUGCCGAGAGCUCCAGCCCAGGCUAGAUAAGGUCCUUGCAGCCUGACUGUUGCAACAGGAGGGAGGAGGGGGCCUCCUGCGGACUGGCGGGGUGGGCAGAGCGGGGGCGGGAGCGCCCACCCGAGGAGAACCUCCGGGCCCUGUCUCCAGCACAACCCUGCUGGGACAGCUCAGCGCCCCCCUCCCCCCCCAGUGGGGCCUUGACCUGGUGAGAGCCUGCUGGUCCCGGAGCAGCCGAGUUCUCCCCUCCGGGGCGGUAAGGUUGCCCCCCGCUCCUGCUCCCGCUCCCCACAUAUUGGGGGAAAGAAGGAGCCGGCGAGGAGAGGAGGUAUGGGCUCGGCCUAGCCCCAGACCUGAGCUUCCCCAUGUCCCGCAGCCGAACUCCCCCGAAAGUCCCCGGGGGCCUGCGUGGCCACGUCCCGCCUUUUUUUGGCCUCUUGCUCCCAGGAUCCCCGGCUGCCUCGGGGGCUGUCCCUCUCACUCCCUCCUCUCCGGGCUCCUCCUGUAAAAUGUCCCAUGUGCACGUGUGCAGGCCCCGGCUUGUGGGGAGGGGGAGCCUCAGGGCCUCCCUCCCUGGCGGGUCCCCUGAGAGAGGCUGUCGCUCACAGGAGGCGUCUCCUCCUCCCCGGGCAGCUCCCGUACUCCUUUCCUAAUUAUUUUUAAGUGUCCCAAAGGGUUUCCAUGGACCUCGAACUCACUUUUAUUUAUAAAACUAGGAAAAUGCCGUGUCUUCCACGGGGCUGGAACACCCCAAGGGAGGCUGAAGGGCCCCAAGGCCCACCUCUGCAUGGCUGGUGGGUAGGACGGAGAAGUGGGGCCCGGCUUCCCUGGGGGGCUCUCUCCACUGGCCCCGGCGGCCCCCAAGCCAGGACUCCCAGAGGGCCCAGACGCGGCCCCUCAGAGGCCCUUUCAGCACGGGGGGCGAGGUCUUCCAGAAACCUGGCGCCUCCCACUGCGCGCGCUCCAAGCCCGCCCGGGUUCGGGAUUUUAGCCAGAGCAGCCAUGCUUUUGUACCGGCAUCGAUAAAGUUUUUCCACAGUA